AGCCGUUUCGGCUCAAGAGUCCCGGGUUGACCUGCGCGCGGAGGUAAUGCGCCUUCGCCCGGCUGGAGGGUGGCGGGCGCCAUGGGGGGCGCGAUGUGCUGCGCGGCAGCCGCGGGUGAACCGAUCCCAGAGCCCUCGCGAUGGCGCGACGCGACGCCGGUCUGCGCGGAGGAGACCGAGCCCAUGAUGUACCCCUGCGGCUACGCGGACAUCGACGUGGAUUGCGGGCGGGGGGGCAAUCAGCGGGAGCGCACGGGCGACAGCUUUGGUGUGUGGCACUUGUGUUGCUGCCUCUUGCUGGCCGGGACGUUAGUCACGAUCGUGUGGCUGCUGUAUUUUCAGGGCGCGGGCUGGUCUCCCUCUCUGGUGCUCGAGCCCAGGACGACAGAGCAGCCUUAGCGGCGUAUUUUCCCAACCGCCAUGUGAGGAGGAGAAGAGCAAGGAGGAUUGGUCGCCAGGUCGCCGGAUGUUUGGGUACGAAACGAGGAGGGGGAUGCAGCCGUCCAGGGGCGACAGAUUAGGACUCGGCGUGUGUGCACCUGCGCGACUGCACCAGGCCGCUCCCGCUCGUGGCGGUCGGGUGGUGGCUCUACCUUCCGGGGUGCAGGACGAUAGCCCCGCCCUGGCGCCCAGGCCAGAGUUGACAGGGCGGCCUCAGUGGCGUCUUGCCUCCAGCCGCCACAGGAGAGAGAGCGAUUGACUCACAGUGUUUCGCGGACGGCCCAUGUGGUGGCGGAAGUAGUCUAACAGAAGCGCCACCCGUUUUUCAGCAUCAGACGCAGACAAUAUUCAGAGGUGGACAGGAUCUGUUCGCGCCUUCGGUUGCGUCGAGGAGGAGGGGA